CUUAGCGGCCUAUACGUUGCACUGUAAAAUGAAGGCUCGGAGGUUGGUAAACUACUAAAUUAGAAAUUAGUGUGCUCAUAUCAGAAAAAAAAAAUGCUUUGUUUAGAAACAGUUAUAAUAAACCUUUAAAUGAAACAUAGUUUUACGGUAGUUCUACAGAUACCUUUGAAGUCUAAUGUUAAAUAUAUCUGCUAGCUUAGCAGGUGAAUAUCUUUAUCUGCCCUCGGGCUGUGGACUGCGAACUUCUAUUCGGUUAUUCUUUUUUGCAAUUAGCGAUUUUAGUUAAAAACGUAAUUUACAUACGGAAAUUAAUAAGAGAUCGUUCAAGAUGAUCCGUCCUUAAACUGGUGAGCAUUUCAGUAUACUGAACAAAGGGCGCUUGGGUGAACUGCAGUUACUGUGUGAAAGUGCAAAACUUGCAUAAUACACAGCACAAUGGUUAUCGGUGCCCAGCUCUGCACACUUAGGAUCCGAGCAAACCAGUCCUAUGGAGCAUCUAUGGCGAAGGGGAUCAUGAGAAAUGGUCUCAGUGUCGGACUUGGAAGGGAAUAUGCAUUAGCCUUUGGUGAAAGAGGAGCCUGUGUCGUGGUGAAUGACCUUGGAGGUGACAUUAAGGGAGGGGGCAAAAGUUCAUCUGCAGCUGACAAAGUAGUAGAGGAAAUAAGAGCAAAAGGAGGCAUAGCUGUUGCAAAUUAUGAUUCAGUGGAGAAUGGAGAUAAAGUGGUUCAGUCAGCACUGGAUGCAUUUGGGAGAAUUGAUAUUGUGAUUAAUAAUGCUGGGAUAUUGCGAGAUCGCUCAUUUGCCAGAACCAGUGAUGUAGACUGGGAUUUGAUUCACAGAGUACACUUAAGAGGUUCUUUCCUGGUUACUAGAGCUGCAUGGGAGCACAUGAAAAAACAGAUGUUUGGAAGAAUUAUUAUGACUUCCUCUGCUGCUGGAAUAUAUGGAAAUUUUGGUCAAGCAAACUACAGUGCAGCAAAGCUGGGCCUUGUGGGGCUUUCGAACACACUGGCUAUUGAGGGGAAGAAAUACAACAUCCGCUGUAACACUAUUGCGCCAACCGCAGCAUCCAGGCUGACACAAACUGUCAUGCCACCAGAUCUUUUGGCAUCCCUCAAGGCUGAAUAUGUUGCUCCUCUUGUGCUUUGGUUGUGCCACGAGAGCUGCCAAGAAAAUGGUAGUGUCUUUGAGGUGGGAGCUGGUUGGAUUGGUAAAUUGCGCUGGGAGAGAACGAAAGGCAGCAUUGUCAGGCAGAAAAAUCAGAAAAUGACUCCUGAGGCAGUGCAGAACAAAUGGAAAGAGAUCUGUGACUUCCGUGAUGCAGACAAACCUGCAAGUGUCCAAGAAUCAUUAAGUACUCUGAUUGAGACGCUGUCAAAAAUUGAUGCUGGAGCAGGAAUAUCACAAAAUCCUUCCAAUGGUAUAUCCACUAAUUCUUCAGGAAUUAAUCCACUUAUGGCGAUUGGUCAGAAGUUGACCGAAGUUGGCUUCACCUACUCUCACACCCAGUGUAUUCUUUAUGCUCUUGGAGUUGGUAUGUCAACCAAAGAUCCAGAUUAUCUGAAGUUUUUGUAUGAAGGCCAUGAGGAUUUCAGUUGUCUUCCUACCUUUGGAGUAAUAGCAUCACAGCCCUCCAUGAUGGAUGGUAGCCUUAGUUCUAUUCCAGGAUUAAAUUUUGACUACACAAAGCUUUUACAUGGAGAACAGUAUCUGGAGUUGUUUACGUCAUUGCCAACCUCGGGAAAACUGACUUCUCAAGCUACAGUUGUUGAUGUCUUGGAUAAGGGGUCUGGAGCGCUCAUAAUCUUGGAUGUCCACACAUACAAUGGUCAAGAGCUUGUGUGCUACAAUCAGUUCUCCAUGUUCGUUGUGGGAGCAGGAGGCUUUGGAGGGAAGAGGACUUCGGAGAAAGUCAAGGGUACAGUUAGACCACCAAACAGACCCCCGGAUUCUGUGAUUACAGAAGAAACUAACAAAGACCAGGCGGCUUUGUACAGACUCAGCGGAGACUGGAACCCUUUGCACAUCGAUCCGAAUUUUGCAGCCAUGGGAGGAUUCAAAAAGCCUAUUCUACAUGGACUAUGCUCCUUUGGAUUUGCUGCAAGACAUGUACUGAAGCACUAUGCAAAUAAUGAUGUCUCCAAAUUCAAAUCAAUCAAGGUGCGAUUUGUAAAGCCUGUGAUUCCUGGACAGUCCUUACAAACUGAAAUGUGGAAAGAAGGGAAUCGAAUCCAUUUUCAGUGCAAGGUGAAAGAAACUGGAGAACUGGUUCUGUCUGAGGCUUAUGUAGAUCUCAGAGAUACUUUGGAGGAAGGAAAGAAACCUUCUGUGGCUGUGGGGCUUCAGAGUGACCUUGUCUUUGCUGAGAUUGGGCGACGCAUUAAUGAAGUAGGGAAAGAUCUGGUGAAAAAAGUAAAUGCAGUCUUUCAGUGGGAGAUCACUAAAGGUGGAAAUACUGCUGCAAUGUGGACCAUUGAUCUGAAGAGUGGAUCAGGGUCAUUGUACAAAGGAGCAUCACAGAAUAAAGCUGAUGUGACGUUCACUCUCUCAGAUGAGGACUUCAUGGAGGUGGUUCAGGGGAAACUAAAUCCGCAAAAGGCGUUUUUUGCUGGAAAGUUGAAGAUGAAAGGUAACAUUAUGCUAAGUCAAAAAUUGGAAGCCAUCCUGAAGGAUUAUGCAAAACUGUGAACCCACGUCAUGACUACAGGAGUGAAACUGCUGAUUGAGGAUCUGUCACUGAUCUCUAUUCUUUUCUAACACAUGAGUAACUGUACUGGUUUUCUAAUAGGUAUUUAGCCCACCCCUUUAAAGCAUUACAAUCUUAAUACUAUAGUUUCUAAAAAUGUGAUAAAAAUAAUUCCUCUGAUGAAAGAAACAUUUAGUCAAUUAUACUGUUAAAAUGGUUUCACUAAUCUGGAAUAUGCCCAUUAUAUAUUUAACCCCAAUUCCAUGUGAACAAAUUUCUUUUUUCUUUGAAUCAUUAAGAAUAAUCAUAUAAGUGUGUAUUAAAUAUAAAUAAUAAAGACAGAUCUAAAUAUACAGUAAAUGGUCUUCUGCUGAGCUUUAUCAAAUAUUCAGUCUGCCCUGACCUUUUUCAUGUAUGAACAUGUUGCCAUCUGAGAUCUUAAGAGCAGAGCAAAGGAAAUAAUAAAAGAUGAAUCACUACUAUAUAAUGACGAUUUUAAAGGUCUUGAUGCUCUCCUUUAGUCAUCUCAUUGACCUCAAUAAGUUUGACAUACUUGAAUAAGAAUCUUUUUCAAAGAAGCAACUUUAAUCUAGGUUUUUAUAAUCAGUAUUUCCCUUUAUGGUAUGCCGAGCACCAUAUAAUAAAGGAAAUAAUUCCUUAAAGCUGGAAGCUCUUAAAGGCUGGAAGGAUCAAUAUGUCCUUGUGACUAACCAUUUUCCACAGUCACUUCAUCCUGUAGAGGUACCUGUUUCAAAUGAUAGCCUGGAUAAGACACCAACUCAUCACAUGGCAAAUGAACACACAUACAGGGACAAUUCACCAAUUAGCUAACAUACAGUAGUUAGAAAGGCACACCCAGAGAAACCACAUGUAAGUAAUCAAACAAAACACCCAUUUGAGUAGCUGUGAGCUGCCUCAAAGCUAGGACACAAGACCUGUGAGGCAGAAAGGCCAACUAGUCAUCCUAGUCAUAUUCCACUUAAUAUAAGUAAGCUACUAUACAUGUAUGUGUUUUAGUGUUUCUCAAUCAUCUCCUAUACUGUAUAUCAAUGAAAUGUGAAGAAAGGAAUUGAGUUAUGUGCAAUGCAUUUCAUUUAUUGUAAGCAGUUCUCAGUCUGAAUUCCAAACUUCACAGAAUACCACGAUUUAAUCUUUCUUUUGUAAGUACUUUAUGAAAUAAUUUGUAACUUUCCAUUUUCCAAGUGAGUAAGUUGAAAUGGCAUACUUUGUGGUGUAUGGCAAAGACGUGUUGCAGAAAGAUUUCUGUUAAGUGGAGUAACACAGUGUUGAGUGGCACGAGGUAUGCCACUUGUUACAACAAAACGCUUUCUCGUAAUACAGUGGGUCAUGAGCUGCUCUGUCAUUGUCAGGCUAGUUAUUUCACAUUUUCACAUUAAUUUUAUUAAGUGAGAAGACAAAAAUAGAAGAACUAAAAAAUACUUAUCAUUCCCUUCCAUAGUUUUUCGAUACUGUAUGUCCGAUAACAAUUUUAAAUAGAGAGUUAAUGUUUAAAUUAUAAAUUUGUAAGUGAAAGUUUGGUAAAAAUAAAGAUUUCAUUCUCUGCUUACCCAGAUUUAAUAUACCUAUGGAGACACAAAAAUCUGCAACAUGUUUGGGAGAAGUUUCUGUAACCCUUCUGUUUUCUGUAUCUAGAGCAUUGAUGAUACACCCAUAAUACUGUUGAAGUAUUUUGAAACUAAUUCUAAAGAGCAGGUGUCAAAAAAGUCAACAUCCCUGCACUUUAAAUAAAUGUUUUUCUUACUUCCAUGUAGGGGUAAGCUUUUUGAUUAAAAAAAUGUGCACUUGAAUAUUCCCAGUCUGAAAAAUCUUUAAGACAUAUUUCCAAUUAAAUGUUGACAAAAAGUAAAGGUUAUACACCUCAAAACAUAUUUUGGUGUCAUUUGGUUGAAAGCAUUACUUGGUCCCUCCAAAUGUAAGAAAUUUAUGAAAAAAGACAUUAAUGAAAAUGUGUAAUACCUGGUUUCUCUGCUCACAUAUAAGCUAUGUUAGUCUUUUCCCCCAAAAAAAGAUUGAACAAAUUACCUGUCUGUUUAUUGCACGAUAAGGGAUUUCAAAGCUAUACAAGCUCUUUUAAAUUACAUUGAAAGGCUUUUUAAUUAUUGAGUUAUUCCCUCACAACUCUAGUGACACUUUUAGAGGAAUGGUGCUUUCAAAAGAACAUGAGGUUGACAAGUUAAGGAAAAUCGCUGCUUUUAUUUUAAUUGUUAGCACAAUGUUCUGGUUUAAAUAAAGAUGUACAAGUAUCAUCAAAGGACCUGUGUGGUUAAGUGAUUUAUUUUUUAUAUCCUAAUUUGCAUUGACAUCACAGAUAAAUGCUGUAAUCAAUAAUAUGAAUCAAACUAUCUUAGGGUUCAGGUCAGGUCAGGAUGUUCUCAUCUGUGCUGGAAACUCAUGUAAUGAAUCCUUGGGACAUGAAAACAAGACCGUAUUAAAACCAGCUUUGAUUAAAACACAU